CUCUCUCUCUCUCUCCGUGUGUCUCUCCAGCAUCGGUCGGGAUGUCUGCGGCGCUGAACGGGACCCUGGCGAACGGGCAGCCCGAGAGGGAGGCGGCCCCGCCCCUGCCCUUGCCCCGCCCCCUCCGCAGCCUCCAGGUCCGCUUCACUCAGAUAUUCAUUAACAACGAGUGGCAUGAGUCGAAGAGCGGGAAGAAAUUCCCCACCUUCAACCCUUCAAAGGGAGAGAAGAUCUGUGAUAUCGAAGAGGGGGACAAGCCUGAUGUGGAUAAGGCCGUGGAGGCAGCAAAGGCGGCUUUCCAAAGAGGAUCCCCGUGGAGGCAAACGGACGCUGUGAGCCGAGGAAGGCUUCUCAACAAACUGGCUGAUCUCAUUGAGCGAGACCGCGUGCUGCUCGCUACUCUUGAGACCAUGGACACAGGGAAGCCAUUUCUCCAAGCUUUCUUCAUUGACUUAGAAGGCUGCAUCAAGACGCUGAGAUACUACGCCGGGUGGGCUGACAAAAUCCAAGGAAAGACCAUUCCAGUGGACGACAAUUAUGUCUGUUUUACCAGGCAUGAGCCGGUAGGAGUUUGCGGGGCCAUCACACCUGUGACAUUUUUCUUGCCUCCUUCUGGCAACCUGGCAUGGCUCCUUGCAGUGAGCAAUGAUACACUUGGAAGCCUUCGUACACCCAAAGCCCAAAGGAACGACCGCCUCAACUUGCCUUCUUCCCAUAACAACAUGAGAUGGUGCUGCUAA